UGUGCAGCGUGUAACAAUACAACUUCUGCAGGCUUUCACGAUCAUGGAUCAAAACAGAGACGGUUUCAUUGACAAGAAUGACCUGAGAGACACUUUUGCAGCUUUAGGCCGUUUAAAUGUCAAGCAGGAAGAGAUUGAUGAGAUGCUGAAGGAGGCACCAGGACCGAUUAAUUUCACAGUCUUUCUCACCAUGUUUGGAGAGAAACUUAAAGGUGCUGACCCGGAGGAGACCAUCCUCAAUGCUUUCAAAGUCUUUGAUCCUGAGGGAAAGGGGUCGUUAAAGAAAGACUUUGUGACAGAGAUGUUGACAACGCAGGCAGACAGGUUCUCUCCUGAAGAGAUGGAACAGAUGUUUGCAGCAUUCCCACCAGAUGUAGCAGGAAACCUAGACUACAAGAACCUGGUCCAUAUCAUCACACACGGUGAAGAGAAAGACCAAGAAUAGAUUAUUCCUGAAAUUGGCCUCUGGACUUUUAAACCAAUGGGUUUAAACCAAUCAUGUUUGUGCUGAAAUAUCAUGCAGACUACAGCAUACACAAAAAAAGGUUAAAAUGGACUAUUUAGCA